GCUGGGUCAGCCUGUAUACCUACAAUAUAGUCGGAUUAAAUUGAUAUAAAAAAGGUUAAAUGUUCAAAAAAAAACGUAAAAACUUUAUGACAGAUAGAAUUUGUUAAACAUUUUUUCCAUGUUCUUUGUGUCUUAUCCUACUCGUCAUUUUUCUCUAGAGUGCGAGUUCUCAAACACUCUGUAUAAUAAGUUCUUAAUAUUACAUCUUGUGCUGUAGUUAACAUUAAUAAAAAUCAUGAAUUUCAGAAAUCAACAAAACAAAAGUAUUAUUCACUAAGGUCUUUACAUAUUUAAAAAAGUAUUAUUUGAAGGAAAGCAAAUUAAUGUUCGUAUUUUAUCGUCUGAGGCACAGCAUUGUAGUCAACUUAAAUUACACAAAACCACAUCCUCUGAUAGUAUUCUCCUUCUCAUUUCUAUUUUGUCGAAAGCGAAUAUAAUGAAUACCCUUACUGCUACUAUUUAUGUUGUAGUUGGAGCCGAGGUUAUUCUCAUUAAACGAAUCCAGAUGUGACGUAUAUUGUUACCUUCUCAUUCUAGUCUCUAACAUAACAGCAGCUAUCACUUAGCAGUGGCGUGAUAUACCUCUUUGGACUUUAGUAUUAACUAAUAAGGAAAAAUUGCGCUUAUACAAAUUUCGAAAUAUGCAUAGUACAACUCCUUAAAACCAUAAAUAAAACAAUUUUAGAUCGUGUUUAUCAAUUUAAGAUUACAACUACAAUGAAUCACUAAAAAAGGCUUGAAAUAGUGCGGAGUACUGAAAAAUUGACUAGUUAUUAAUCAUAAUGAAAUUUGCACUAGCGUUUUUAUUCUUUUUGGUUUACAAUGUCCAAAGCGCUAAAAUUUUGGGUGUGUUUCCUAUACCAGCACCCAGUCAUUAUAUCCUAGGCAGUAGGCUAAUGAGGGCUCUAGCUGAAAAAGGGCACGAUGUUACCGUAAUUAAUCCCUUUGGUGAAAAGAAUCCGCCAAAAAAUGGAAAAUAUAAAGACAUUUUGCUUACUGGAUUCAAAGAAAUGGCUGAUGAAAGAAGAAAACAACAAAGCUUUUUUGAACGAGACGUUUCAAAUCCUUUCCUUACGCUAGGAUCUAUGAAUGCAAUGGUAUUAGAAAUGACUGAACUUACACUUAAUCACACGAACUUUAAAAAGUUUAUAAAUUCAAAGGAAAUUUUUGAUGUUGUUAUAGUAGAGCAAUUUAUGAACGAAGCUCUCAAAGCACUCGCCCCACAUUUUAAAGCACCUUUAAUAACUUUAAGUACAGUCGGUGCGAAUGCUUGGGUUAAUUUAUUGGAAGGGAAUCCAGCACCGCCUUCAUAUGUGCCCCAUGUCAUUUUGAGCUACUCAAGUAACAUGAGUUUUUACGAAAGAACAGUUAAUUCAUUGAUGAGUGUUUAUACCCAAUUACUGAACCAAUUCUACGUAUUUCCUAAACAUGGAGAACUUGUCAAAAAAUAUUUUCCGAAUGCUCCACCUCUCGACGAUAUUAUCUACAAUACCUCAAUUGUCUUGAUUAAUUCUCAUCAAAGCACCAACCAGCCGGUACCAUACGUACCAAAUAUGAUUGAAAUAGGGGGCUUUCAUGUAAAACCACCACAAAAACUACCCAAAGACAUUCAGGAAUUUUUAGACGGUGCCAAAAACGGUGUUAUUUAUUUCAGUCUGGGAUCAAAUAUUCACAGCUCUCAAUUACCACCAGAAAAACGUGACGCUUUUCUCAAAACUUUUUCGAAGUUGGAACAAAAAGUUUUGUGGAAAUGGGAAGAAGACGUUCUUCCGGGACAACCACCAAAUGUGAAGUUGGGAAAAUGGUUGCCCCAGCAGGAUAUUUUAGCACACCCAAAUGUGAAACUGUUUAUCACUCAUGGUGGUCUCUUAAGUACCACAGAAACAAUCUACCAUGGCAAACCAGUACUAGCUAUUCCAAUUUUUGGUGAUCAAAAACUGAAUGCUAAGAAUAUAUACAACAAUGGGUUCGGUUUGUACUUAUAUUACGAAGACUUAACCGAAGAAAAUCUAACUAAAAAAUUGAACGAAUUGCUCUCAAAUCCAAAAUAUGCAAGAAACGCCAAAAAACGAUCUGAAAUUUUUCACGAUCGCCUUGUCAAACCUAUAGACACUGCCAUUUAUUGGGUGGAAUACGUCAUCAGACACGGAGGAGCACCCCAUUUGAAAGUUGCAGCAAUAGGUUUACCUUGGUAUAAGUAUCUUCUUUUCGAUGUGAUUGUUUUUGUAUCAGUAAUAAUUGUAUUUUUGGUUUUUAUGUUAUUUAAAUGUGUAAAAAUCGUUGCUGCUCUCAGCUGCCAUAAGCAAAAGAAAGAAAAAUUGAAGAACCAUUAAUUUUAAAUGUAAGUAUUUAUUAAAAAAAUAAUUAUAUUAUAUUUUUUUAAUUUAAAUUAAAUUAUAUUUUUAUUUUUUACAAGAUUGCGUAAUAAAUAAUGAGUCUACUCGUAAUAAUCAAGUCAACAAUAUGUGCUUUUGUCAUCUUUUCAAAAAUCUCUACGGUAAUACUAAUAACUUAAUACGUAUUAAUUAUGAUUAAGCUCAACAGUUACAUCACAGCGUACACGAGUCUUUAUGAUAUUUUAUUAAUUAUUGAAGUAAGUAACAUGUAAGAAUUAAUAAAAAAAAACAACCUUACAACAAACCAUGACUUUUUUGUAAACUACAGUACGCGUACAGUUGGAGACAAAAU